GCAGUACAAUCAGUGGCUUAUCUCGCUAGUUUUAUGAGAUUAACUGAAAUAAGUGAAAAAAGUAUGAUGUUUACAAGUAAAUAUACAUAAGUAUACAGAAGAUAACUGCUUUCCACAUUGAAGACAACACAAACACAAAUCUUAUUUGUGUUUAUAUUCAGAUUUCUUUAGAUUAUGUCGUCUUUUCCUCUGGAGAAACAUUUGAGAAGCAGCAAGCAAUUGAGAUGUGAAAUAGCAGUCUAAGAAAGAGAGCUGACAGCCUGUCAGCAGACGUCCAGACGUGUCAGAUCCUCUCAGCGGGACCGAGCUCCAUAUUCUGACACGCCAGUGAGUGUGAUUCCAUGCGAAGGAGUGAAUUAGGAGAGACCUUUACACAACCGAACCUCCUUCGUGAUGUCCUACGGUGUAACUUCUCUCAGAACAGCAGAGGAGACGUUCAACAUGCUGGACGGCUCUGUAAUCCUACGCCUGCAGAUGAACUUCCGCCUCACUGCGGUGACUGUGAAUUCCCGGUUUUUGAUUCAGAGCCACCGGUUUCCCAAGAAAAAGCGGAUAACCGAUGCUUGUCGUCCCUCAUCUCCACAUGUGAAGACUGUCUCAGACGCGGCCCUGAAUGUGCGUGGUGCUCUCAGGAGAGGUUUCUGGACGGGGCUCAUGUGAGUCAGCGAUGCGGAUCUGUCUCUGACCUGCGAGUGCGGGGCUGUGAAGAGGCGUUCAUCGAGAACCCCAAUGUGAAGGUGGAAGUAAACUCCACUGACGGCAGCUCACAGGUGUCACCGAGAGAGAUUAACAUCCACCUACGACCAGGCGGCGAGGCGACGUUUGUGGUUGAGGUGCAGCAGUUGGAGCGCUAUCCUGUGGAUCUGUACUAUUUAGUGGAUGUCUCGGCCUCCAUGCAGGAUAAUCUGGACCGGCUAAAGACGGCGGGUCUGGCUCUGUCUCAUCAGAUGAAGGAACACUCCAGCGACUUUAGAGUGGGCUUCGGGUCGUUCGUGGAUAAACCACUGUCUCCCUACAUCGACGUGCAUCCCUCCAAACUCCUGAACCCCUGCAGUGAUUAUGAGGUGCAGUGCAGGCCCGCUCACGGCUACAUCCACGUCCUCCCCGUCACACAGAACAUGACCGAGUUCACGCGGGUCAUUCAGGAGCAGAGGAUCUCUGGGAACAUGGACACGCCGGAGGGAGGCUUUGAUGCCAUGCUGCAGGCCACCGUCUGCCAGAAAGACAUCGGAUGGCGACCCGAAGCGAAGCAUCUGCUGCUGGUUAUGACAGACCAGCCGUCUCAUUUGGCUUUGGACAGUAAACUGGCGGGGAUCGUGACUCCUCAUGACGGCCGCUGCCACCUAGAGGAAAACAUCUACACCCAAUCUACUACUAUGGAGCACCCAACCAUCGCUCAACUGGCUGAGAAGCUUCUGGAGAACAGCGUUUACUCCAUCUUCGCGGUGGAUCAGGUGCUAUAUCAGUGGUAUGAGGAUCUCCUGGACUUGAUUCCUGGAAGUUACGUGGGCCGCCUGUUUCCCAAAGCAUCAAAUCUGAAAGAUUUAGUAGUGCAUGCGUACAAGAAGCUGCUGUCGGAUGUGGAGGUGCAGAUCGGCGUGGAGGACGGCCAGGCUCAGCGCUUCCGGGUGAACGUUACGCCAUUGUGCCCCGACGGUUCCGCCGCUUCUGGAAACACGAAAUGUUCCGGCGUUCGGCCCAAACAAACAGUUUUCUUCAAGGUGACCGUAGGAAUGAACUCGUGUUCUGCGGAUGGCGGCGAUCGGGACGUUCUGAUGUCGAUCAAGCCGGUGGGAUUUAACGAGUCUGUUAGUGUACGCAUCCGUCAGAUGUGUGGGUGUGACUGCACGGAGACGGGCCGUUGUCAUGACGACACCGAAACCUCGGCCUGUCCCGUGGAGACUGGCGCCUGUAGAGCGGACGGAGGCGAACCCGUCUGCAGCGGGAGAGGAGUCUGUAAAUGCGGGACGUGUGUGUGCGACUCCAGCAGGUUGGGAAACAUCUACGGGAAGUUCUGUGAGAUGGACGACUUCUCCUGUCCGUAUGUGAAGGGCCUGGUGUGUGGAGGACACGGCCGGUGUGUUUCAGGUGAAUGUGUGUGUCUUCCUGGCUGGACGGGCGAGGCCUGCGACUGUCCCGACACCACCGAGAGCUGCGUGUCAGACGACGGCUUGAUCUGCAGCGGCUGGGGGAAGUGUGUGUGCGGCAAGUGCGUUUGUGACGACGCCCGGCGAUCCGGAGAGUUCUGUGAGAAAUGCCCCGUCUGCUACAACUCCUGUCAAUCGCACUGGAACUGUGUGAAGUGUCACCUGUCGAACGGACUCGGACCAAACGCGCACCAGCUCUGUAAUCACAGCUGCGCUCCAUCGGUGGAGUAUGUGGACGACAUCACAGAGCUGGUCCGGGGGAAAUACUGCCUGUAUCCCAGCAGUGAGAAGUGUCAGUACCGCUUUCUUGUGGACUUGGCUUCAGAUCGGCCUCAGCUGCACAUUAGUCGACAUCCUGUGUGUGCUUGGAGUCGGCGCUACUUUAAGACGUUCCUCAGCGCUUUCCUUCUGACGGUCACGCUGGGAAUCGGCAUGCUGGCCGUCGUCCGACAGCUGCUGAGAGCCAGAAACUGCUCGUGGCAGACCAACCCGGAGCAACAGUUUGACCACAGCCAUAAGGACUCCUCAUACGUCCCCUCGACCAACGAGAAGACGAUCACAUACAGGAGGGACCGUCUCCCGAAUCACCCGGUGGAAAUGGACUCGCACGUGCCCAAGAAGCCCCUGAGUGACGUCUGGCAGUGAUGAAGGGUCAAAGGUCGCUGUAAAAAGGAAGCACUACCUGAAUGAAAACACAAUAUGUCUCUUUAAGCACUUAACUUCACGGAACCAAUAUUCUGUGUGGGUUUUCUGAGGGUGUUUUUCGUUCCUUUUCAUUCUGUUUCUAAUUUAUGAUGUUGAAUGGCAUUAAGUCUCUCGUUCUGAAGCCACAUAGGAUGAAGAGCAGCAGAAGAGGAGACGGUACGUAAAUGCCUGUUAAACCCUUACUGGCGUGCUUUAGACGCGUUAACCUCAAUAGGCCAGUUUUCUGCUGUUACUGUUGUUUUACUUGUUUUAUUUUAGUUGUAAAUACACUACAGACUCUGGCUGUGUUCAGAAUAGCAUACGAGCAUACUGUGCAUACUAUUUCUCUAGUUUGCAUGCAGAAAAUACACAGACUGCAGUAAAAAAGCAAAAAAAAGGGCAAAAGGAACACUGUCCCACAAUGCAGUGGACUAAACGCUUCCAGAACAAUGAUGCAUUAUAUGGACUUAAUAAUUAUAUUAGUAAUAAUUAUUUUAUGAAUUUAUUAUAUUACCAGUAAUUAAAUUUAAUUAUUGGGCUACAAAAGAUUUAGACUUUUUAGCUUUUUAGUUUUCAUUUUUGUUUACAUUUUGGUAAUUUUAUGUGCUUUUAUUGUGCUUUUAUGUUUAUGUAUGGUAUUUUAUAUUUCUAUUUUGCCUUUUUUAUUUCUGCAUAUAUAUAUCAAGUUUACAUACACCUUGCGGAAUCUGCAAAAUGUUAAUUUUAUCAAAAUAAGAGGGAUUAUACAAAAUGUAUGUUUUUUUUUUAUUAUUUAGUACUGACCUGAGUUAGAUAUUUCACAUAGAAGACAAAGUCCACAAGAGAUAAAAAUAGUUGAAUUUAUAAAAAUGACCCUUUUCAAAACUUCAGAAGGAAAAACGAUGCAUUAAGAGCCGAGGGUGAAAACUUUUGAACUAUUUUUUUUCUCUUAUGGACUAUAUGUAAACAUCUUUUAUGUGAAAUAUCUUUUUCAGGUCAGUACUAAAUAAACAAUAACAUGCAUUUUAUACGAUCCCUCUUAUUGAGGUAAAAUAAUUUAACGUUUUAUAGGUGUAUGUAAACUUUUGACAUAUAUAUUCUAUUUAUAUUUAUAAUGUAGUCUAUUUAAAUCUAUGUAGAUUUAUUUUAAUUUCAGUUUUGUUUUAUUAAUUUUAGUACUUUAAAUUUUGAAAUGAACAGUUUGAACUUGAAUGGUUAAUUAUAAUUAUUAUUAUUAUUUUUAUUAUAUUAUUUUUAU